AUGUUAGCCUCCAAAACACCAUAUGCCUCCAACUUUGGCAAUAGCCAGCAGGCCACAAUUCGAAACGUCUCCGAGGAAUCUCAUAGAACGCAAGUCUCUGCGAUGCCUACCCAAGACGGCAUGUUCACCUCUCCUACCAACUCCGAAUUCUCCGACGCCUACGACGGUCUAGACUCUAUUAGAGCAUGGGAUGAAAAGAAGGUUGGGGAAUGGUUGCACACAAUCCGAUGCGGUCAAUACGAAUCGCUGUUCAAAUCCAACAAUUUCACAGGAGAAAGUCUACUGGAAUGUGAUCAAAAGAUUCUGGCCGAAAUCGGGAUCAAGAAGAUUGGGGAUCGAGUACGAAUCAAUGUGGCUAUCAAACAGUUGCGGAACAAAUCAUCAUUGCUGAGGAACAAACGAAAUCGAGAUUCACUCGCGAUCCUCGAUGGCUUCGCAGGAACUCCUUCAUCCUCAGAUUCACCUCGCACAUUGGGCUCCAGGUCUCAGAAUGGAAGUGGGAAACGCUAUUCUCGACAACUCGACCCAUCAGUUCUGCAGAAUUUCAACUCGGCAGGCACGGGCUUCAAAAUUGGUUCGAGGCCCAGCUCACCACUUGCUGAUAUUCACAGCGCUGGUCUUCGAGCACAUCAAUAUGUUAAGAGCCCCAUGGACACAGCAAGAGGUAAUCAGUCCGCUGGUUAUUUCAGUCAACCUGGUUCUGCAAGCUCCACGUCAGGCCGAAGACCAGAGACGCCACAACUCGCUCAUCAGACAACUCGAGCUGCCCAUCUUCGUCAAAACUCCAGUAUCGAUGGCUUGACUCCAGGUGGCCUCCCAACAGGAUCGCCGGUCAUCAAGGUCAUCCACGGUGGAGGUCAGACCAAGGUUGUCAAUAUCAAGUUCUGCCGAACAGCUGAUGAGGUGACGUCGACAGUACUGAAAAAGGUCCAUUUGUCAGAAACACAGUUCCGCAACUACUGUUUCUAUGUUCUCAAUGGUCUCGAGCCAGACUUUAGCAACUGCCGCCGAGUCUCCGACAAUGAGUUGAUGAAGAUUUGCAAUGACUCGUUCCGCUCAGAAAGGAAUCGUUUGAUCUUGAGAAGAAUCAAUGAUGGUCCUCCUGAUCUAGAUGAACUUCGCAAGGCUGCAAAAAUCGCGGCAGAUGAAUCACAAGUCCUACAUAACAACGCUUUGAGUUCAAACAAUAUGCGGAAUCAAAUCAAACUACAGAAACUCACUGGAGAGUCAUGGCAUAAUAUUCAGGCACCGAACUCACCUGUCACCACCACCGAUCGCAACAGAAAUGUCAUGGCGACUGCAGAUGAGUACGACAGACAAGAAGCACAACAUCUUCGACUUCCCGAAAGUCAAAGUACCAAACUGCGGUCAUUCUUCGGGGCGAGACCUCCAAGCGAGAUGAUUGUGCAGGAAUUGACCUCAUAUUUCCCUGCCCAUCAGCAUCAAGAUAUUGAAAAAACAAUGAGAAUGUCGGUGCGACGAUCUCAAAGAAUGAGUCGAGCCGCCAGUCGACUUAGUGUUAUGAGCAAUGUCAGCUAUGCAUCGAGUCUUAAGGAUGCUCCACCAGUCCCAAGUAUUCCUAACAUUGCCGAUAGCUGGCUGGCACAAGGGCUAGGAUCUCGAGCACCCACUGCACGACCACUCUCAGUCAUGUCAAGCCGUUUGAACCUUUCUAGUGCAGCUUACAGAGAUUCAAUUGCAUCGUCAACGCUUCAUCCCCUACAGGAAGAAUCUCCCAUCGAGCCCAACAGGAAAUCCUACGUCUCUUUCGACAGUGGUUCUGAUUCUGCCACUCAAAAUGAGACCGCACGAAUCAGUUAUUUCGACGAAAGCCCUGGAGGAAUGGGCAAUGACAAUAUGAACGACCGACUUUCUGUCAUUGUUGCUGAAGACGGAGAAGAAGAGGAUCAAGAAUUGAAUUCAUUCCUCAAGGGAAAUAGCUUUGAUAAGAACAACUGGAUGAAAGGUGAUCUUAUCGGUGAAGGUUCAUUUGGAAGUGUUUACCUUGCUCUCCAUGCUGUUACUGGUGAACUCAUGGCAGUGAAACAAGUUGAGCUGCCCAAUGUUGCCAAAGGAACAGAAGGAGACAAGAAGACGGCUCUGAUGAUCACAGCACUCAAGCAGGAAAUUGAGCUAUUACAAGGUCUUCGCCACCCACACAUUGUGCAAUAUUUGGGGACAUCCUCUGAUGAGACUCAUCUCAACAUUUUCCUUGAAUAUGUUGCUGGAGGUUCUAUCGCAGGUAUGCUCAAGCAAUACAACACUUUCCAGGAACCGCUGGUCCGCAACUUUACCAGACAGAUCUUGGAAGGGCUGUCUUAUCUUCACGGCCGGAACAUUAUUCACCGUGAUAUCAAAGGUGCCAAUAUUUUGGUGGACAAUCGUGGAGCUGUCAAGAUCUCCGAUUUUGGCGUGUCCAAGAAGACAGGAUUCAAUGGUAUGAAUAUGGCACCAGGAACUCGCACUUCUCUUCAAGGGUCUGUUUUCUGGAUGGCACCUGAAGUUGUUCGACAGAGUGGACAGUCACUUAAAUCCGAUAUUUGGUCUGUUGGCUGCUUGAUCGUGGAGAUGUUCACAGGAUCCAGACCGUUCCCUUCCAUGACCACAUUGCAAACUCUCUUCGCAGUGGGAAGCAAUAACGAGAAACCGACCAUCCCAGAGAACGCAAGUGAAGAUGCCAAGAAAUUCCUGAACCAGACUUUCGAGGCGGAUCAUGAGAAGAGACCGGGCGCCAAUGAGCUACUGAAAGAGAAAUUCUUGUUGCCAAUGGCCUGA